AAAUCGAUGUAUCCUUGUAGGAAACCAGCAUCCUUUAGUUUUCCAAUAUUACUUUUCUUGUUAAUAUACAAAUUCUAUUAUUUUUUAAAGAUAUUGAACUAUGUCUAGAAUAUAGUGGUUGACAUUUACUAAGUUGUUUGUAACACUAUUUCUGUUCUGGUCUAAGACUGUAAUUUUUAACAUAUUUAAAGAAGUCCUUGGAGCAUUCUGACCCCAUCUCUAGAGUUCCAGGUUACGUCUGUGUCCUCUUCCUUUGUGACCUGUUCUUUUUCUACCACCUCGCUUUUUGUUUUUAGGUCUUAAUUUUUUUGUACAGAUAUGUCAGUUUGUGUUUUUGUUUUUGUUUUACUUGUCUGUUUCUUUUUCUUGUUGGAAUUGUUUUCAGUUGUGCUUUUAUUGUCUCACAUUUUAGGAUCUUCCACCCAUCUUGAGCCCCUUUUCCCACUAGCUCGUCCUGUCUUUGAAUCCCACUUUUUACUACACUGAAUUCCUUAACAGAUUUUCUUAAACUCCAAGACAAGCAUUCAGUCACAGACUGUUUUAGUUUUUAUUUAUACUGAGAAUUCAGUGUUACAUACUUACUUUCCCCUAAUCUUCUUGUACCUUUUUCUGAAGGAGAAAGUUAUCAUCAAGAAAAGUCAGAGAUUUCCUUGAAGAACUAUGCUUGGCAGAAUGUUUCUCCUAACAGAUGUUGAGAAGAUGGUUUCUGCACUGUGGCUCACUGGCUGGAUUUCUCUCAUUCAUUUUUCAUUCAGCUGUUGUGUAAACCUUCCUAGCCUUUUGCCUGAAGGACAGCCAGCAAGUAUCUCUUGUCCACUACGUAUCCAAUCUAAGUAUACUGUGACUUGGUACGGAAAUGAUAGUGAUAUACCCAUACCUAUGGAUAACUACUCCCGGGUCCAUCAGCAAGGAAACUUGCUUUGGUUUCAUCCUAUAAAACUUGAAGAUUCUGGAAUGUAUCAAUGUGUUUAUAAUUCAACAAGAUCUAAAAAAAAACUAAUUGUGCUUGGGAAUAGUGUUGGACUGUGUUUUAAUAGAGAAAUAGUUUAUAUGCAAAAACUUUCAUUGCAUUACAAUGGGAAGCUGACUUGUCCAGAUCUUCAAAAUUUCAGAAAUUAUGAAAAUGCUCCACUUAUUUCACAAUGGUAUAAGGCAUGCCAUUUGCAUUUGUAUGAAGACUGGAAAUUUCAGACUUCUGGAGAAAAUCUUUUAAUUAAUAAUGUAACUAAGGAAGAUGAAGGAGUAUAUAUAUGCAAAGCUAAACAUACAUAUAUGGGAAAAGAAUAUAAUAUUUCACGGACCAUUAAUCUAACUACUUUUGAACCACUAAAGAAAAAAUCUCUAGAGAUAAUUUACCCAAAGAACAACUCAGUUGAAGUCAAACCAGGAUCCAGAUUUGACAUGGUUUGUAAUGUCUCAGUAGAUCCUCUGGAUAGAGCAUCUCUAGUCUGGGAGUUCAAUGAUGAGAACUUAAAAAACAUAGAUAAGGAGUAUAAUUGCCAUCUGCACGUGGUGUGAGUUUCCAGUAUUUAUAUCCCAACCCAGUCCUGAUAGAUUGGGAAAGACAUUUUUUCUGGGAGACUAAUACUAGAAGCCAAGUUUAAUAUUUCCAA